AUGGAUUUUAUUCUCUCUCUGACGCAUUUUUGCGAAGUGCACGGCCCGACUUCGAUUCUUUGCUCUCAAGUUUUGCCCUUUUCCUGCACACAAUGCCAUCCCUCGGACGCCGAGGGUUCAGUCUCUCCUGCCGACACGCCGUCGACCUCCACGACCUCCUCACACUCUCACCACAGCAACAAUAAAAAGCACCGCAAUUUGUCCUCAACUCCCGAUAACUCUGCACUGUCUACCUCUUUGACAGCAAGCGUCAAAUCAAACCCCGCAAACACCUCGCAGAACAUUGAAGAUCACCCCUACUUUUUGAAAGCACAGCAGCCACAGUCGCAGAUCACAGUCGACCCGACUGAGCGCCUUAAUCGCGUUGGCGGGACUAAUAACGAUACCUGCGCUAGCUGCAGCAUCUCCCUGCCGGAAGACGUCAGCAAGAAACUGCCAACGAGCGUUUCGGGCACCCCCGACGGCGAGAAUGGUAGGGCUAAAAGCAACAGCCCCGUACUGCGGUCCAGAGAAGUCGUUCAUUCGUGCGGUGGUAAUCACUCGACUAGCUAUGAAGACGAGACGCAUGACACGCAUCUGCAUGCAUCCUUGCCGGACUCGGUACAUUCUGUUUCGGUCGCUUCCUCCUCGUCCUCGUCUGCCACCUCGUGUCACACCCAUAUCCUGACUUAUCUAUCAUUGCAUGGCCCCCCUAACCCAGCCGACUACACUCUACUUCGUCAGUCAUCCAUUCGCACGCUCAGCUGUGAAUUGCUGCCGCGCGGUCUUUCCUCCGGCCCCCUCUGCUUCGGCGACCCCGUCGCUGGUUACACAAUUGCAUAUGUUUUCCGCUUACCCGAUCCAAUGGCUCGUGGCAAGCGCCGCAGCUAUGCGCUGAUAGCCCUAGCUGGUAAAGAUGCUGGGCGUGCCUUCCGAGCUUCUCCCAUUAUCUGGCGCAUCUUCCAGCGCAUUGCUGCAGGGAUCGUGUCAGCCGCAGAGAAGCAUCAGGAGGAAGAGAAGAACCGUGAAGAACAGGCCUUCCGCUCAUCAAACAGCAUUGGUGGCCGCGACUACACUCCAAUCUCCUCUUUUCUCACUGGCCGCGCCUUGGAUGCCAAUGGCAACCCGCGGCGAGCAGGCCAAAUCCGGGCUCGCAAUCUCGCAGAGAUUGUCGGAAACGAAUACAUAUUUGCGGAGCUGCAUGCCCAGUUUGUGACUCUGCUUCAACAAUUGGGCAAUAUGUUUGGUGGUGCUCCCGUCUCCGAUGAGCGAUUUGUCUGCAGUACUGUGUCCUCUGAAGAGUCAGCUGCGAGCCAGUCGCGCCGGACAAGCGUUGCAAUGCCGCCAGCAGCCCCAGGCAACUCAAAUAUUAACAGCCGACCCGGUCAUAAUCAACGACCGAGUGAUUUGACGCUGACAUCCUUGAAUAUAUCUUCAGGACCUCAGCCAAUUCCGAUUUCACCACGACGGCCCAUUGUGGCUUAG